AAAAACAUGUGCAAAGUUCCCAUUCCUUCGUCUUUCCUCUUCCACAAAAAUAAAAUCCAAAAACCAUCAAAAACCAGAACCUCAACUGGCCCUGACCACAGCAAAAGUGUAUUCUUCAGAUUGCUUGAUUUGACUAUAUGCAUCCGGCCUUGACUUAAAGAACCGAUUCCAAUGCUUCAGAACUCCACAGCUCUAGUGGAGCCAUUUUCAGGUUCCAAGACGUGCAUUCCAAAAUUAUGGGUUUGCUUGGAACGGGUAGUUUGAGUUUGAAAGACGUUUAGAAGCACGCCUCAAUGCGAACAUUAGUUUGAACUGUUUGAGGCCCUUUCAACAGUUUGUGAGACAUGGAAAGUCACAUUCAUAAGUUUCAUCUUGGCAGCAGGCUGUUCCAUGUGUACAACAGACAAUAGCACUUCUGUGUAAUCUUUUUGGAAAUAGGAUUGGCAGAGAGCAUUGCUUGAAGUAUGUGUGUUCAUUUGGUCACCAGAUUGAAUCAGGGCAGGUGCAAGCUCAGUCAAAAAUGAAUCAAUCUCAGUGGUGGAUUCCAGGGUGGCAGCCUUUUCCAUGCCGCUCCAGCUGCCCCAAAGUUUGUGACCAGUUCAGAAGGCAUGUGGAGCACAUUGUGUCAUCCAGGUAUCUCCGUGUUGUUAAGUAUUCUGGCAACAGCGUAUUUGGCGCAUUACAACGCUCCGCUUUUCUACGAGCAGCUUGCCCCUGAUGAGACAGGGAAAAAGGACAAGCGCUUCUUUAUUGUUUCAGUAACGGGUUUCUGCAUCUCGGGUCUGAUAUUUUGCUUGGUACUGGGCGGAGGCUUCCUGACAUUUGGCCAAUCAAGCAUGGGGCUUAUCCUGAAUAACUAUGCAGCAACAGAUGGCCUUGCUGUGCUUGCCCGGGCUGCCAUUGUCCUUUCACUCGUGACGGCAUAUCCAUUGGUUUUCCUGAGCUUGCGAAAGCAGGUGGUGGAGGUUUUGGGCAGUAAAGGAUCCAAGCUGGCGGAAGAGAAGUCAAGGAGAGUCACUGUUUGGGAAGCACAUCAGCUUGAGGCUACGAAACCUGGGCAUCGUAGCUGCGCUUGCAGGCGCCAGCUUGGGUACCUUUCUAGUGUAUGUUGCCCCUGCCCUCAUGAUCCUGGGAGCUCAACGUCGCAAUUUGGCCCCACGUCCAAAGGGAUUUGGUGGGUGGACUGCGCGAGCAAUGCAAAUUUUCUUGCUGCCGUUGGGCAUAGGGUUGGGUGUGAUCGGCAGCGUGCACAGCCUCAAGUGACGAGCCUUUAGUGCAAAAUGCACAAAAACGGAAUUGUUUGGUUUCUAUGCAACAAAGACACAUUGCUGUCUGGAAAA